UUAGACAAUUUUUAAACAUUUAUGGUUUACAUUUGGUAGCUAUAAAUAGCCCCCCAUUUCUCAUUUCCCUCAUAAUUCAUAAGCAAGAAUAAGCCUUCCAGGCAUCUCGUACUACAUAUUACAUUGUGUCAGAUACUCUCCAAUUAAAUUUAGGCCAUAAUAUGCCACUCAUCAUAGCUUUAGCCGUUGUUUCUAUAGGAUUAGCUACUUCUCCAUUCACUCGUGCAUCAGAUCCCGACAAAUUGCAGGACUUUUGUGUGGCUAUCAAAGACUCUGAUGCUAAUGUGUUUUUGAAUGGAAAGAUCUGCAAGAACAUAGCAGAAGUGAAUGCUGAUGAUUUCUACUUGCAAGACCGAUUUAACAUCCCGCGAAACACAUCAAACCGCUUAGCUUACGCGCCGACGCUAAUCGGAGUGGAAAGCAUACCAGGACUAAACACGAUGGGUGUUUCAAUAGGGCGUGCGGACUUUGGACCGUAUGGAUUGAGCACUCCCCACUAUCACCCUCUAGCAACUGAAGUCCUCACGGUAUUGGAGGGAACAUUAUAUGUUGGAUUCAUCGACUCGAGGAAUAAAUUGUAUGCCAAGACGCUUCUUCUCGGAGACAUUUUUGUCUUGCCGAAAGGGCUGAUUCAUUUCUUGUACAACACCGGAGAGAGCAAUGCAUCUGCGUAUUUUGCUAUUGGGGGGCAAAACCCAGAAGCCAUCGUUAUACCCAAUGCUUCUUUCGGUACUCAUCCUCCUAUUCCUCCUCAACUUCUCAGCAAAGCAUUCCUAUUAGACACAAAUGUGAUUAGCCGUCUGCAAUCCCAGUUCGGAUCCUGACUGUUGGAGUACGCGCGUGAGACAAAUUAUAUAUGGAGUAUAUAAUUUUUACUAAAUUUAAGUUGAUGCAAACUUAACGCAGUAUACAUCUAUCUACGUAACUAAUAAAUAGUGCCCCAAUAAAAAUGUUAUAGUUGGUUUACAUUCGUGUUCAUCAACACAGGCAGUAGUAAUACUACGUAUUAUAAAUACAAUGCAAUGAUGUACUCGUAUUAUCAACAAUUUAUAUUUUAACUAAUAAACAUGCACGACCUUUUGUAGUUAUAUGAGAAUUAUUUGGAUCAUUAAUUACUUAUUAGUCUCUCAUAUUCACUUUACUCGAUCAUUCAAUAUUGAUUCUAUUUAGGCUAAAGGGUCAAACAGGUACAUGAACUAACUUAAAGUGUUC